AUGAAAAUCUCUGUGCUCGCAUUCCCGUUGCUCGCGGCGACGGCAGCCCGAGCCGCUCCUCUUCCGGCACCGACGUUUGGUGGGGCAGACAUGUGGGAGUACGUGAGAAACCGUUGCUAUCGUAGUGUGAGCCAGAGCUAACUUUCGUUUGGUACUCAAAUCACUCAGCCCUACGUUUUGGAUGAAUAAAUGGGGCCAUAUGUUGGGCGGCGGAGCAGGACUGGUCAGGAGCUUUCGCAACCAACGUCUGAAGUUUAUAUACGGAGUCGGAGGGGCUGACGCAGUUCUGUCAUCUUGCAGUCAGGUAUCGGAGAUUGGAGCAAAUGGGCUAAGUGAGUGAUGGUUGAUUCGACGAUUGGCCUUGGCAUUUGCUCACCAAGCCGCUUGAUCUCACUAGUAUGUGGUCGCCGACUGGUUCAUCGGACUCGUCGAACUCGUCGGACUCGUCGACAUCGGUAAAAGCUUUUCUUCAUUGAGAGUUUGAUGUCCUUGACUGAAUUAUCUAUCAAUUGUUUUAUCUCAGAGUGGAGUGGGAGGAAUCUUAAAGUGGAUUAAGUACGCUCAUAAUACCCUUAGGUCAGAGAGUUUGCGCUUAUCUUUGCUCAAGAAAUUCCGCAGCGCGUUUACACCGACUGGAUCUACGAGCACCUCGACCGAUGAUUCGACCAGCAGCUCGGGCUCGAUCCCCAGCUCCACAUCAGAAUCUUCAUCCUCUAAUGUAAGCUCAUUGACUCGCAAAACCCUUUCCUUUGGGUUCAACUCAUGACUUUCGACCGAUCAGACCGACGGAAGCACCGGGACCAGCACCAGCACAGGAUCCGGAGGUGGCUCGGGCUUGGCUGCGCUUGAAAAGAUGGCCUCGCAAGUUAUCGUUCUGGUCGCUCUGAACCUGCAUACAAGGCUAACGCGAGCUGUGCCACACCCCAGUGCAUACAUGGCGGGAUCGAAGGGUUCAGGAGUGGAUUCGACAGCAAAUACUGCGGGUGAAUCGACUGGCACCACUUCUGGCGCGUCCAACUCGGCCCGGUCAAUCACGGCCUUGGAUACCACCCCUCCGACCGGCGGCUCCUCCGUCACGACCGACUCCAAAGCCGUGGUAUCUGGGAGCACUCCCGCGACCGAGGCCCAACUGGCCAGCAAAGCCAACACCUUGGCGAAGGACAGAGUGUCGUCGCAGGCCAAAGCCCAGAAAGCUGCACUUAAUCAGACCACGACGCCGACGGUGGUAACGAAGGGCACCACGGCUUGA